AUGGGCAUCGGUGCAGCUGCCGAACCCUUGGUGGUCGUCACUCUUCUCUUUGGAGGAGCGUGGUUCAACCGUAGCAUUGGCCGCGAUGACGCCUACGAUAUCCAAGGGUGGACGGACAGGACAGUUGGACAGAGCGAGAUCAAAAAGUCGGACGACCAUGGCAGCCCCCGCCAAUCUGGUAGCAUGACACCAAAGUCCGAAGACUCGCUCCUCUCCAGUUCCCCCACUCUAGGCCUGCCAGAAGAGCCCUUGCGCCGCGUCAGGAAGAUCAAGUUUCUGAAGUACGAGCGCCGCAUCACUACUCCCAACACCAGGAUACACAAGAAUCGUCUCCUCAGCCGGCUGCUACGAAAGUUUCCCUUCCUUGUGGAGGCCUGGUACUGGGCGCUCAUCUACUGGGUUAUUCAUGUCGAGCAAAGCCUGCACAUCUUCAUCGAGAUUCCUAUCCAGAAGUUCUUCCUCCAGUACCCUACCCUGAUGCAUUGGAUCAACCGUAUAUACUCCUUCAUCCAUAUUCCGGGCACCAUCCUUUUCCUCGUUGUGCUGUUCUACCUCACCACCACUCGCCGUCGCCGCGCCAUCUCCUCCAAGAGAAACGGCAAUGACGCCCCCGUCUUGAGCUCCGCCGGCCCUGCUCUGUACGAGGCCCGCCGCCGCACCAUGGCUACCUGCAACCUGCUCGCCUUUGUCGUCUUCACCCUCUGGCCUUGCAUGCCACCACGUCUACUCAGCGACCCUACGUACGAUGGCCCAGAUGCUGAGGAGUCCAAGAGCUUCGGAUUCGUCGACACAGUUCACAGCAGCACAGGCGAGAGCAGCGUCUGGACAACCAACAAAUUCUGCAAUCAAUAUGCCGCUAUGCCAUCCCUCCACUUUGGCUACUCACUCCUCAUCGGACUCACGAUUGCCACACUUCCAAUAGCCAACCUGCGCACCCGCUCAUGGAAGCGCAUCGCCAUCAUGGCACUUGGCAUGUCGUACCCUGCGCUCAUCCUGACAGCGAUUGUCGCCACUGCAAAUCACUUUGUGCUCGAUGCCGUGGCUGGUGCGGUCGUCUGCGGCAUUGCAUGGCACGCGAACGGCAUCUUAUUGAAUCUUUUGCCGCUCGAAGACUACUUCCUCUCAGCGCUACGGAUGCACAAACCCAUCAGCUGGACGGACCCCGAAGUGUCAGUCAACGUUGGGAGUUGGAAUCCUGGCUCUGUCGUUGAACAGGUAUAA